GUGCGGCCGGGGGGCCCGGCGCGGGGCCGCUCAGCGCGGCGUCUUUUCUUCUCCUGGCAGUGAUGUCAUCGGCGGCAGCGGCUGGGAGCCGGGAGGCGGCGGCGGGGGCGGCGCCGGGCGGCCGCCGCAGGUUCAUGUGCAUGUAAUGAAAAGGCACUUGACAGUCGGCCAGGACGCACGCGAGGGAGCGCGAGCCGGCCGGACCGCGGCGCCGCCCGAGCCAAUCGCCGUCGCCGGCCUCUCCAUGGGCGAGCAGGAGGAGGGGGCGGGGGGCGCAGCCGGCCGGGCCGCGGCCGCUCCGAGGUGAACGGCGCCGAGACGGGCUCGCGGCGCGGGGAGGCCGGGCGCGCCGCCGCUAUGAAUUCCGCCGAGCAGACCGUUACGUGGCUCAUUACCUUGGGAGUGCUGGAGUCGCCCAAGAAAACCAUCUCGGACCCGGAGGGCUUCCUGCAGGCGUCCCUGAAGGAUGGGGUGGUCCUCUGCAGGCUGCUGGAGCGCCUGCUGCCCGGGACCAUCGAGAAAGUCUACCCGGAGCCCCGGAGCGAGGGCGAGUGCCUGAGCAACAUCCGCGAGUUCCUGCGAGGCUGCGGGGCCUCCCUGCGCCUGGAGACGUUUGAUGCAAAUGACUUGUACCAGGGGCAGAAUUUUAACAAGGUCCUCAGUUCCUUAGUGACUCUAAAUAAAGUAACAGCAGACAUUGGACUGGGAAGUGACUCCGUGUGUGCCCGGCCCACAUCUCACCGGAUAAAGUCUUUUGAUUCCCUGGGAUCCCAGCCUUCUCACAGUCGGACUUCAAAAUUGUUCCAGGGCCAGUAUCGAAGUUUGGACAUGACCGAUAAUAGCAACAAUCAGCUGGUAGUAAGAGCCAAGUUCAACUUCCAGCAGACAAAUGAAGAUGAGCUUUCUUUUUCGAAAGGAGACGUCAUCCAUGUCACUCGAGUGGAGGAAGGGGGCUGGUGGGAGGGGACGCACAACGGCAGGACUGGCUGGUUCCCCAGCAACUACGUGCGAGAGAUCAAGCCCAGCGAAAAGCCUGUGUCGCCAAAAUCCGGAGCGUUGAAGAGCCCUCCCAAAGGAUUUGAUACGACUGCCAUUAACAAAAGCUAUUAUAAUGUGGUGCUACAGAAUAUUUUGGAUACAGAAAACGAAUAUUCUAAGGAACUUCAGACUGUGCUUUCCACCUAUCUACGGCCUUUGCAGACCAGUGAGAAGUUAAGUUCAGCAAACAUUUCAUAUUUAAUGGGAAAUCUAGAAGAAAUAUGUUCUUUCCAGCAAAUGCUUGUACAGUCUUUAGAAGAAUGCACCAAGUUGCCUGAAGCUCAGCAGAGAGUCGGCGGCUGCUUUUUAAAUCUGAUGCCACAAAUGAAAACCUUGUACCUUGCGUAUUGUGCCAAUCACCCAUCUGCAGUGAACGUUCUCACGGAGCACAGUGAGGAGUUGGGAGAGUUCAUGGAGAUGAAAGGUGCCAACAGCCCGGGGAUUCUUGUGCUGACCACUGGCCUCAGCAAGCCGUUCAUGCGCCUGGAUAAGUACCCCACGCUGCUCAAGGAGCUCGAGAGACACAUGGAGGAUUAUCAUCCAGAUAGACAAGAUAUUCAGAAAUCCAUGACUGCCUUCAAAAACCUUUCAGCCCAGUGUCAAGAAGUACGGAAAAGGAAAGAGCUGGAGUUGCAGAUCCUGACAGAAGCCAUCCGGAGCUGGGAGGGAGAUGACAUUAAGACCCUGGGCAAUGUCGUUUACAUGUCCCAGGUCAUGAUUCAGUGUGCCGGAAGUGAGGAAAAGAAUGAAAGAUAUCUUCUACUCUUCCCGAACAUUUUGCUAAUGUUGUCUGCCAGUCCUAGGAUGAGUGGUUUUAUCUAUCAGGGAAAGCUACCAACGACAGGAAUGACAAUCACAAAGCUUGAGGACAGUGAAAAUCAUAGAAAUGCAUUUGAAAUAUCAGGGAGCAUGAUUGAGCGGAUAUUAGUGUCAUGCAACAACCAGCAAGAUCUUCAUGAAUGGGUGGACCAUCUACAGAAGCAAACGAAAGUCACAUCUGUCGGCAACCCCACCGCUAAGCCGCACUCUGUGCCGUCUCAUACCCUCCCCUCCCAUCCGAUCACCCCAUCCAGCAAGCAUGCGGACAGCAAGCCGGUGCCACUGACCCCUGCCUACCACACGCUGCCCCACCCCUCCCAUCAUGGCACUCCACACACCACCAUCAACUGGGGGCCCCUGGAGCCUCCGAAGACCCCCAAGCCGUGGAGCCUGAGCUGCUUACGACCCGCACCUCCCCUCCGGCCCUCAGCCGCCCUCUGCUACAAGGAGGAUCUCAGUAAGAGUCCCAAGACCAUGAAAAAGCUGCUACCUAAGCGGAAGCCUGAGCGGAAGCCUUCGGACGAAGAGUUCGCGCUGAGGAAAAGCACAGCUGCCUUGGAAGAAGAUGCGCAGAUCCUGAAAGUCAUCGAAGCUUACUGCACAAGCGCCAAGACACGGCAGACGCUCAAUUCAAGUUCACGCAAAGAAUCUGCUCCACAAGUUUUGCUUCCAGAAGAAGAGAAGAUUAUAGUCGAAGAAACUAAAAGUAACGGUCAGACAGUGAUAGAAGAAAAGAGUCUUGUUGAUACUGUCUAUGCAUUAAAGGAUGAAGUCCAAGAGUUAAGACAGGACAACAAGAAGAUGAAGAAGUCUCUGGAGGAAGAGCAGAGAGCGCGCAAAGACCUGGAGAAGCUGGUGAGGAAGGUCCUCAAGAAUAUGAACGACCCCGCGUGGGACGAGACCAACCUGUGAGGGACGCCCUCCGUUCCGCCCUGAAGGCCGGCUCUGAGCCCAGGCCGCCGGCCCCGCGGCCCCAGCUGGGCAGGGCUGGACCAAAGCCAUCUUCCUCUGCAUGGACAAGCUGGAGUUCAUCACACACAUAGGAGCGGCCACACUGUCCUGAAGAAUCCAAACACGAGGUGUAGACCCUGAGGACUGAACUGCAUUACCUGACUCUGUUAACAUCGCAAUUACCUCAUUUUGCAAUAAGUGCAGUGACUGACUACAAGUCCUGGUCCUUCAGGUUUUACUGAGUAGAUAGAAAUAUCAUACAGACGUGUUUCCUGUAAAUGCUCUCUUUUGAAUGCGUAUCCACGACUCUGCUGUCAGGGCUGAUGCCCGUCCAAGAAUUCCCUUCCCACUAACCGCCCUGGUCCGCGGACUGGAGCCGUGUCCACACACUCCAGGGAGCAGGCCGUGGAGGGCCGGGGGCUCUCGGUGGAUGCCCGACUUGUUCUCCGCAGCGCUCCGGGAGGAGGCUCCUCAGCAUCGCACCUGAGGGUGCCUGACGGACUGACCUUACUUAUGUCUGCAGAGAUACUUAGUACCGUUUGAACGUCUUCUGUGAAAGCCGUGUCGCAGUCCCCGGCCAGCAGUGGUCCCCAGGGCCGCGCUCUGGCCGAAUGAGGGAGCGUCUGAGCCUCAGCCAGGAGUCGGAGUUGUCACACCCCCACCUCCGUGUCCCCCUCCGGGUGCACACUCUGCCUGCCUCGUGUGAAUACUGUCAGCAUCGGGGCGUCCUCACAGCCUCUGGGACAUCACAGACUUGUAUGCUCUGGGCCAGGGUGAUCACUUGACAAGGUGGGCUGUGUUGUCCUCCCCUCAAAAGAGAAAGCUUCACUAGGACCUGUAAAUAAAGUGUGUUAUUUAUUACAUCUCACUGCAGCUGAUGAAGACGAGCCAGGGUGACCGUGAGCUGCCCCGAUGGGUGGGCUGCCUCUGUCGGGCCGAUGUGAGCUCAGAGAUCUGCUUGCCAUCAGGGCACAGCAAGCACUGCAGUCACGCAUCGCUUAAUGAUGGGGCUACGUUCUGAGAAAUGAGCUGGUGGGCAGUUUGGUGGUUGUGGGAACAUCAUAGAGCGCACUUAGACAAACCUAGAUGGUACAGCCUGCUGCCCGCCUAGGCUGUGUGGUGCUCACCUUAUGGGACCACUAUCGUGUAUGCAGGUCUGUCAUUGACCACAAUGUUGUCAUGUGGCGCGUGAGCUGCUUCAGCACUCGCUGGAGAAAAAAGUGUUUCCCUCUUUCUGCAAGAAUAAAGCAAUAUAAUUCUUCAAUUCCACCUAAGUAAUGCAAGUGUAACGUGGGUCCAUCCCCCCAGUCCAAAUGGAGCAGGAAUCCUGUCCCAUCCCGGCUCCGCGGGGCAUUCGAAGCCACAGCAGCCCCUGGCAGGCGGCUCAGCCAUAGAGCCCAGCCUCCGCUCUGCCUCAGAGACGGCAGUGAAGGCACAGGAGCUUGCUGUGCGUUGCCCUUCUCUGAAGAGGUUGAUUUUAGAGCAAGAUAAGCUUUUUCACAGAGCCACUGUUACAUCUUUAAAAACCAAACUUGCAGUGCCGUGCAUUAGAGACUUCUCAGAACUACCCAUUUGGCAUCAGAUGUGACUUUCAGUGACGUGAUCUGUUGGUCAGGAGACCCUUUCACUGCAUCAGAAUCUUCUGGUGCCCUUGAACUGGGCAGCUUUGGAACUGGCGGUGGUCUGGUUUCCCCCGUUCUUGUUCCUUGGGCCUGCUGAUCAGUCUCUGCCUGCCUGUCUCCCGCGGUAGGUCGGCUGCUUGAGCCUGGCCCCUCCCAGCUCUGUGCUCAGCAGGUGUCUGGGGCCCAGCAUUGACCUGCCCACACUAGACCUUUCAACCAGAAUUGCCAACUUCCUGUACUUAGCAUUUCGUUCAUUAGUGCUAAGACUAGAGAAGAUUUUUUUUUUGUAAGUCCUAUUUUUACAUUUUUUGUUGAUGCAUAAGACACUGCAGUGGAAAACAGUUAAAUCUGAGUGUACUGAAGUUUGCUGUCUUAAGCAAAUUUUAACUCAGGAACAACAUUCAUCGCCUGAUCCCUCCCUCACUUUGGGAUGGGUGAUGUUGCCGUCAGCAUCCCCGGAUGGGUCUCAGAGGAAACCUGCCUUAACGGUUGACGCACUGAGUGAGAGCGCUUGUGUGUCCCGUCCCUCCCCUGAGCGGGGCGGCUGUCGGGAUGCUUGUGGGAUGCAUUACCUUUUCUUCAUGUGGACCCAGUAUUUUACUUGGCUUUUAGGGAGCAGAGAAGAUGCACCUGAGAGCAGUUCUACACACCUGCCCUGUUGUGAGCAGACCGCAUCCGUUUCUCCAUGUGACCUUCUGGGGGGUUGGGAAUUGAUGGGGAUGUUAGAAAGGGGCACUGUUCACCCUAGGGGCCACUGCUCUGCUCUCACCCUUCACGCACGAGGAGACAAGCCAUUUCCUGUCCCGAGAUAUGAAGCACUUUCAGUUCCACGUGAUGUUGCGAUGUGGCGUCAGAGACUGUCCAUCGUGCUUUGCGGUGUGUGUGCCUGCCCAGGUGCGCCCGAGUCCUGGACGUUGAGUGCCUCCCGGCUGUGUGCGAGCUUCCCGAUGCCCCUCACUUCUCCACUUUCCUGGGACACGCAGAGGCCACCUGUACAGCUGUGGGACACUUCACGAAAAUGCUACAGACGGUGUCCUGGCAUUGACUACUCAUGCUACAUUGUAAUUAUUAAACUGAUGACUUUUCUUACGUUACAAAUACAUCACGUUAUCCUCCAUGAUGUGUUUUUGGUGUGCAUGUCACCUUCACACUUUCUUUUGACUUUUUUAUAUUUUUAAAUUCUGGUGUGAGUUUUUGACACUGGAAAAUAUCACAUUUGCCUUGAAAAUCUUGGGUUUGGGAAUAUUUGAAGAUAAAUAAGAUUAAAAAAGAGAAAAAGUCGAGGCGAGGAAGAGCUGACCCUGCUCGGUGCGCCUCCACUUGUCUGCCUUCGUGGAAUGGUGGCUUUCACCCUUCAGGAUGCUCAGUAGACCGUGGUGAGGGGUUGAAUAAGUGAAAGCAUUUUUAAGAUUCCUGUGGGGUCCUUGUAAGAAAGUCAUAUGACAAAAGAGAGGUGCUUGUCUGUCCGAACUGCGCCUGUCCCUGGCACUCCCUCCAGGCAGGGCCACGGUCCAGCUCAGAGGGCUGGAGAUGGUACUCAGGGAAGAGAGGGGAGUGUCUACGAGUUCCCGCAGCAUGUCCCUUCCCCUCCCAGAACUCCCCGCUUAGACCUAAGGAGCUGAGCAUAGCACAGUCACUGUUGCCACUAUAGUUUUCUGUUCGGUAACAUCGUAACCACCACUUUGUCAUCCUUCUACCAGAGUUUUGGGAGAAUUGGUAGGUAUCUUGCAGAAAAAACAGUCUUUCUUGAUGCUUGUAUAAGUCGGUCCAUGUGGUGGUUCACAUUUUUCAUAGUCCCAGAAGAAAUUCUCCCUUGGCCUCCAGAACGCAAGCCUGCGAGGUAGUGAGGACCUACAGUGAGGCCAGCCCCCGCAGCCGUGAACGCUGGCGCGUCCCAGCCGAGCGCGCCGACCUGCGAUGAGGGAGCCCUCGCUGGGCGUGGGGUGGUGGGGUGUCUCUGGAAGGGGGGCCUGAGGACCAGAUGAAGGCACCGCUGCCCAGUGCGUCCAUGCGCCUGGCUCGCCUCACAGCCUCUCUGGGUGGAGUGACUGUUGCACCAGCACCUAGCCACCAAGAACCAAAAUGCAGCGUGUAUCCCAAGUGUGGAGGGUUCCCAUCGUUUCAGGCUAAAGCGAGUGGGCAUUCAAAAAUGCGCUUGUGUUGGUUUGCAUUGUGAAGGGCAUGUGUGGUGCCUUCGAGACCUCUAAUUCAAAUCGUUCAUGUGCCAGGGGCAGUUUAGGCAUUUAUAUUUAUAUUUUUCUUGCCCGUCUGUAAUUACAAAUUUCUGCUCAUAGGGAAGAUACAAACCACACAAGGAUACAAAGUAAAAGCGGGCAUCCCUCUCGCACCCCCCCCCAAAGUGGCUGAUGUGACGUGUCUUACUCGUUCUUUUGUUCUGGGCAAAUGCAGAUAUGGGGGGGCAG